AUGAAGUGGAGUGUCCGGGGAGCCUGCGCCGCGCUCUCCAGCUGCCUCCUGCUCGCCUGCGCCCUCAGCGCCGCCGCCGUGGGCCUCAAGUGCUUCUCGCUGGGCUCGGAGCUCAAGGGGGAGCCCUUCCGCCUGGGCACCGCCGCCGGCGCCUUCUACUCGGGGCUGCUGCUGGCCGCCGGCCUCUCGCUGCUGGGCUCGGCGCUGCUCUGCUGCCGCCCGCCGGAGGGGGAGGCGGCGGGCGGGGGGCCGCAGCAGCAGCCCGCGGCGGGGGGCCGGCAGAACUUCCUGCUGCUCGGCGUGCUGGUCUUCAUGCUGGGCGUGCUGAGCGCCUUCGCCGGGGCCGUCAUCGACGGCGACACGGUGUCGCUGGUGGAGAGGAAGUACUCGCACUACUGCGGCCCGGCGCCAGGCGGCGGCGGCGGCGGGGGCCCGCGGGCGGCGGCGGGCGCGGCGCUGCGCUGCCAGAAGCUGCGGGACUACCAGCGCGGCUUGGUGCUCUCCACCGUCUUCAACGCGCUCGAGUGCCUGCUGGGCCUGCUCAGCCUGCUGCUCGUGCGCAACUACAAGGCGGCCCAGCAGCGCGGGCUGCGCCGCCAGCGCCGCCGCCAGCAGCGCCCGGCCCCGGGCGGCAGGCGGCGGAGGCGGCGGCGCGGCGGCGGAGCGGGCAGCCGGCGGGCGCCGCGGCCGAGCCAGGGCUCCAUCUUCUCCAGCGAGGAGCCCGAGCUGUCCCCCGCCGACUGCCCCUUCCAGGCCGUCUCCUACAUCAACGUGGGCGUCUUCCACGUGUUCGACGAGGCCGGCGUGGAGGUGCACUGCGGCGGGCACCCGUCCCUGGAGCUGCCCGGCUACUCGCCCAUGGACCCUGAGCUCAACCCCUCCUACCCCUACUGCUACCCGCUGCCCCACGAGCAGCCCCCGGCCUACGAGGAGAUCUACCCGGGGGAGCCCGGCGCCAACAGCAGCUAGCGAGGGGCCCGGCCCCGGGGACCCGCACCUGCGCUGACAAUCAGCCGCUGACACCAGGCGGCCCCUGCCCUAGCUUUGGGGGCAGACCUGCGGGCAGCAUCCGCGCACCGGCCCGCGCAAAGAGCGCGCACCCCUAGUCUCGCCGCGCUAGAGGCCGCUGGGGUUCGGCCGAGGCAACGCGCCUGGCGAAAGAUCAGCCUCUGGCUCCAUCACUGUACGUGGCGAGACCCUCGCCAGAGCCCCACGGUGCGCUGCUCCUGCUGGGGGUGACUGAGCGAGCCCACGAGUACGUUUUUCAGGAUCAUGGUUCUGUCUGAUGGAGCUUUUCAUCUGUCUUGUCUGUUAAAUAUCAAGAUUGAGUCUUAAAAGGCUGGACAAGAACCGUUUAGGAGUUGGUUCUUCCCCUCCUGAUGUCUCUUUGGCCAUUUUUUUUAAAUGAAUCAUCAUCAUCAUAGUCUUUUGUUCAGCUUUAAUGGUACAAAGGUAUACCAUUUAUGAUAACCAGCCAGUGUAAGGGGAAAAGUGUAAUGAAGCUUCUUUACCUCUCAAGCAGAGAAAUUUUUAACAGCGAAAAGACAUUCCUGUAAUGUUUACCGCAGCUGUUUGGGGAAAUUCUUAUGUUUACACUUUCUUGAAGAUUUAAAUUCUAUUUACAGCGUAGUGAGAGUUACAACCUAUGUUGGGUCUGGUAGGAUGCACAUUAAAACCCCCUGCACUUUCAGAGAAAAAAGAAAAAGUAAACAGCAACAUUUUUGUACACUAAUGUGCCUGCUUUUGUUGAUAACUUCUUACUGUAAAAGCUUUGGAACGUCUAUAAUGAAAAAGUUUGGUAGAUUCAUUACAAUCUAAAAUUAAUCACCAGUUCCUUUACUAAAAUAAUUGAGUUGUUGUUGGGAUACAGCAAUUAAAAGGCAGUCCAAAUGGCAUGUACAUUCCUUUUUGUAAACAGGCUCUGUGUUUUUAAUGCAAGGCAGAGCUCAUUUUUGUUUUACACAAGUUUAAUUUUGUACAACUGUAUAGUUUCUCUUGUAAAGAAUCUCAUCUUAUUGUUAUCAAUUUAUCAAUCUGGUAAGCUUGAAUAUUAAAGUUUAUUUUAAAAUAUGUACUUUAAACAGCCUUAACUGAUGUAAUUUUCACAGUUCUAAGGGAGAAGUUGUACAAACACACCUUCCAAAUAUUUUCAGAACCAUACUUAAAAUUCCCACUAAACCAGGAGAAUAAAGAAGUUGAAAGCGUAUUUAAUGCACAGAGAACAAAGAAAAAAAAUCAGAUUGUAUUUGCUAACUUUUGUAAAUUAGACACAUUAAAAGGGAUUCCAGCCAAAAGUAAAACUAUUAAUCCUCAUUUAGCAGCCUGCUGUGGGAUGUCAGUUUAUCAGAUAGCGUGAGAAAGUAAUUAAGGGAAACAACUAUGGUGUAUUUUUGUGCUGCACAGAAAAAGUAAAGGCUUAAGUCAUGUUGUCCAAAGAGUAAAAAUGCCACACUUCAGAUGGUGAUGUUCCACCUCUUUUUUCAAUUAGCAUGUAUUAAAAUGGAAUCCUAUACAAAUAGAAACCCUUCUGUUAAUCCUCAUUUUGGAACCUACUGUGUAAUGUCAGUAUAUUAGAUAGGAGGAGGAGGAGGAGGAGGAGGAGGAGGAAGAGGUAGUUAUGGGAAAACAGAAUUAUGGCAUAUUUUUGUGGGGGACAGAAGAUUAUUUUUAAAUUUUAAGGCGCUAGGAGAAAAGUAAUUUACAGCCUUAGAAUCAGUAAAAGACCAUUUUAGCCUAAAAAUGUUGCUGCCUCUUUGUUUUCUAAAGUGUUUUGAUUUGCACACUUUGUAUAGCCUAAAAUGCAGAAUGCCUUAGAAGUCUUUUUAAAAUAAAAUUUAUCUAUGAAACACACAAAUCUUUAAUCUAGAUAUGAGAUCAAAUGCAGUUAUUCCAAGUUUGCCGUAGUUCCAAAUUGUGGAAGUCUAGUGGUACAGUGCUGUUUAUUUGGCUGUAAUUUUAUCCUGUGGAGAAGGCCAGCAGAAAGCCCUGUUUAAGUCCUACUUAAGUCUUCAAAAUAGGCUUUAUGCUAGCCCUCUGCACAAGGGGAAAAUUUCACCCUCUUUAAACCCAAUCUUGUAGUCCUUACAUACAGUGCUGAUUUAGGCAAAAAUUUCAUAUUUUAUAUAUUAGAGAGAGCCAAGGUUGUGGGGUUUGGUUUUUGGUUUUGGUGGUGGUUUAUUUUUAUUUCUUUUUUUUUUUUUUUCAAAAUGGGUAACUGAAGGAAGGAUGCUAAAUCAUUAUUUAGGCUCUUGAAUAAGUGGCUUGUUAGCAAAAAUGCUGAGCGCCCAGCCACUCACUGAAUUUAAAGGGGAAUUGUUGGGUGCUGAGUACUUUUAAAAGUUGGGCCAUUAUUGAAAUGGCUAAAUGGAGAUUUAGAAGGCAACAACAGGUGUCUAUUUUUUAAAUCUUGGCUAUACAAUGGAAUUUUUUAAAAACUUUAAUAAAGAAAUUGAUUUUUAACAGGAAAUACCAAUAUUUUAGGGUUCAUAAAAUUAGAUAAGUCUGAAACUCCACUUGUUCCAAAGACCAGUGCUCAGGGAAAUAAAUGGAAAGUCAAGGAAGCUACCUAUUACGCUCAAGUUUAAAUAUAGAAUAACUUUAAACUCAAAAUCUAAAAGAUGGUUAAAUUCAUAGCACUUUUUUGUUGUGUUAUUUAAAUAUCUUUUCAGAAUGCCAUUAUGUUUAAACAUUGUUUGUGGAUCAGCUAAUUCCUAAAUUCAUAUCUUUCUUCCCUUGGGCUUUUUUCCCCUACUAAUAGUUUAAUUUAGUGAUGGAAAACAUGCCGGAAAAACAAUCUAAAUCCAACUACUAUUGAAGUUAAUGGGAGUUUUGUCAUUGGCUUCAGUGGGAGUAGGAAUCAGCACAAAUUAUUCUAGCUACUAUACAUAAUACAUGUGUAAAACAAUAUAUUAGUCUUCUGGCACAACAGAUAAGAUGCAGCAUGAAAUAUUAGCGCUCAGAUAUGUAUUAUUUGUAUCAACAGACGUGUGAAGAAGGUAACAUGGUGUCACACACUUUUUACAGAUAUAACAUUAGGCAGGCAAAUUGACCAAACAAGCCAUGUUUUCUUAAAGAUGGUAUACAAAUGUUUCAGGUAUCAGGUGACUAACUUUUAUGGUAAAAUGCAAAUGUAUUUAUUUCUCACUGAGAAGAAACAAUUACAAAGUACAAGAAGAAGCUUCACAGGCGUGAUCCAAGUGUCAUGGAGCCAUUUUUAGUCAUUUUGAAAAUUGUUGCUAUAUAGAUUGAGCAAUAAUGUUAGAGUGUGUAUAUGGUACUAUCCCAAAUUGAAAAUAGGCUGGUGUAGGAUUAGAAUUUUAGGUUAAUUACAUUGGAGGGCAUGAGCCCUCUAAUCUUUUUUUAAAUUAUAUGCCAUAUGUCCUGUGAGUAAAUGCAAAAGCAAAUUAGAUACAGGUCACUGGGAGUGCGGGGGUUAAACUACCUUACAGGAUUUUAUUCCAUAAACAUAGUAAAACAAGGGGGAAAAACAGCAAAAAGAUUAACAUGUAUCCCUCCAUACACACUCGUUUAGGUCUCCAUCUUGCUUUAGUUGAAGACCAAGGAAACACUCCCAUUGGGCCUUUGCACUUAGUUUAGUCACAUCUGUGAAAAGGUAAUAUAAAGUGGAUGUAAAUGUUACUAAUCUUGCAGCAUUUCACCUCCAUUUUCCAAUGCCUUUUCACCGGUGUACGUGAUCAAAAGAGGGACAAGACAGUGGAGAAUCAGGCCCAUUGUCUUCGGCUGGAGCAGAAUCGACCUCUGUGGAAAAAAUGCCACCAGCCUAUUAGCAAUUCAGAUGAAUGAUCUUGACACACUCCAACAUCUUGCUUAAUUAAUUAUUUUGCAUUGUAAUUGACAGAAUAAAUGUAAAUUUAAAAAAGAGCAUUUGAUGCUAAAAGAAAAUUGUAUUGAACUAGUACAGUUCGUACUCUAAGUUUGAUUUCACUAUGGGACUUCUUUGGUUCACCAAAAAGCACUGUGGUGACUGGUAUAACUUAGAUAUAUUUCAAAUGUCCUGUUUAAUCAUCAGAAAAGGUUUCUUAAAAAAAAAGUUAAUGUGACAAGGGCAAUCUGUUUCUGCGUUUGGACUUAGUACAUAUGAAAACCUUUUCUCCAUUUUGCCAUUUAAUCUGAGAUUGAUCCUCAACAAAAAUGUCAAUAAUUGAUAUUGUAAUUUUAGGGUCAAUAAAAUAUGUUUCAAAGCACAGCAUAUCCUAUAAGAAAAGCCUAAUGCUCUUCCUUUCAUCUUUCCUUCUUGUCUUAUAGUUGUACCUAACAAAAUAAGAUUUAGUUGCAAUUUCCAGGACAAAAUAUGGUUUCAGGGAUUUAUAGUAAGCAUGAGGUGGAAAAUUGGUAUUAAAUGUAUUAGCCCUGCUGUGAAUUAAAAUCUACUUAAGUAAGGUAAGCAAUAUUUUUAGUUAUAGAGCAGUCGGAGGUUUUUGGAUGCCUUUCUAGUUAUUUAAAUACCCAAUCAAGUUUUAUUUUUAUGUUUUAAUUUUAUAUAAUGAAAUUCUUCAAGCACAAUUGAGGUCUCUCUCCUCAAUUCAGGCUAUUAACUCCUUUUAAAUGGAGUAUGGGAGAAUAAGAUUGAAUUCUUACUGUAGACUCACCAGUUUAAAACUUUGUUUUUCUAAAUGGCCAUUUAACCUCAAAGAGCUGUUAUUGUACAUGACUAAACACACACUCUACAAAAUCACUGUGGUACUGGAACUCAGAGAUAUAAAAUCGGGUCCAGAAAGAUCAGUGCAGUGUUAUGUGAAAUUCCCCAUCUAAUGAAUAGAUUGCAACAAUUCAGUUUAAAUUGCUCUGAUUUCAGAAAGCGCCCCAGAACCAACACACUGUCACCGAGAGGAAUAAGUGCCCUUCAUUCGCUUGCAUUGCUUUGGUAGGUUCUUGCUAUUACAGUAUCAAGGUGUAAACUGUUGUGCUGCCUAACCAUCUGUAGGUGAAAUUUGCCGCAGCGCAGAGGAACAAAUGCAAGACCUACGCACAACUUAUGCUCUCAAAAUAGGGUUUAAGUGGUGCCUGUGCUGGUCCUCUGCACAGUGAUACAUUUCACUCUGGGUUCAGACCGAGCAAAUCAUGUCAUGGUGAACUGGGAAGCUAUAUACAGAGUUCUAAUGAUGUGAUUACCUUGAGACUGGAGCAUGAGGGUUGGGGAUGUUCCAAGUGCCCUGUAAUGGGUGCAUCGCUCUUUUACAACAGACCAAAUCCUGAAGUCCCCUUUUCAUUUCCUUCUUCAGGCCAAAUCCCCAUUGACUUCAAUGGGAUUAUCCUGGAGUAAUGAUUAAAGACUUAAAGAUUUGGCCCAAUAGUCCUAUGCUGAGUUUCAGAUAUUUGAAAGAUCUCACCAGAUUUAUACGAAAAAAAUGUUUUUAUUAAAAUAUCAUAUACAGUAUCACUGGCGGCAUGCUGCCUAUUUGUAAACUUAAAUGUAUUAUGGGAAACAGAGCUGAAGGAUCAAAAUUGUGUAGAUGGCCCAGAAGACUGGAUUGCCUCAAGGGAUUAAUCAUAGAAGUAAUGUGUUUCACUUCCAGAUUUGAUUCUAUGGUGAUCCAGUCUGGUAAUGUCUAGUAGUUGUUCUUUUUAUUUCUGAUGGUCUUUGUGAAUAAGUCAUUGGUCUCAGUCCUGUUCCUAAGGGACAGAAGUCUGUUGAACACCAUAGAAGUCACCACAGUUGUCAAUCUUGUUGCUAUUCUUAUCAGAGGUCAAGGUUUGAAAGGCAUGAAGACUGAAAUAGUCCUAUAUGUGGUCCCUCUAGAACACAGUGAAGGCAUAUGGUGGAGAGGGGAACUUGUAGUGAUAUUUUUGGAUAAAGAGGACUUCAUGCUCUAGAUCCAUCAUUGUUUUUAAGUGAGAAUCUGUAUUAGAUAUAGGGAAAUAUAUCCAAGAGGGUAUUUUCAGCACACACUUUUUUGAAAUCUUUUCACAAACCAUGAUACUUUAUUUUAGAGAAGGUGCUAGAAGUCUUUGCAUUUUCCCCUUAGCCAUCUUUAAAUCCUAGUUCAGUUCACUAAAGCCUAAUUAAAUCCUCAGGAGUUUAAAUUAUUAAAUUUAGGAAAAAUAUUAGCUUAAUCCUGCAAGAUACUGAGUGCACUUAAUUCCUACUGAGGUCAUAGGAGGAGCUCAGCACCUUGCAGGAUCAGGCCUGAUGCGGCCCAAAUUGUGGCAGUCAGUCAGUGACUGGCUGGGAAGGGAGUGGUGCAGACCUGUACUAAAUGGUGCAAGAGACAGUCCUUUCCAAAGCAGCACAGGGGCUCCCUGCAGGCUGCAGACAUGUCUGAGGUGCAUUUAAUCAUAUAUUCAUGAUUAAAAUUUAGAACCUUACAAAGAUGUCCAUAGGGGAAUGUAAGAUAUGAGUAGAUGCAUGUAAUUUCAGUUCAUUUAUACAUAUAUUUUGAAACAAACUACUAACAAAAAGUGAGAAAAUAUUGUAAAAAGAGGAUUGUGCUCCACACAAAAAAAAAAAAAAAAAAAAAAAUCCAUACAGAAUUUCUGCAUGCUGCUGCUGCUCCAAAUAUCUAACCGUUCCUGGAUUACCAUGGAGUUGCUGGAACAGACAGAGGAUGCUCUAGCUAGAGACCUGGAGAAGGGAUCAAACUGAAGUGCAAAUAUGUUGAAAGCUGUUAAAUGUUUCCAGGAUGUUUUGAUUAUCCAUGCGUGCUCUCAUGAGCUGCAUAUGUGCUAUGAACAGCAAAUUCCAUAAUUUUCAGAAGCAGAUAAAGCAGUUGGAAGAUAUACUUUUAUGAUGCUGAGGAGGGGAAAUAUUAGCAAAUGAAGAUAUACAGGAGCUAAAUGGGACAACUUUUCUAAAAGACAAAACUAGAAGAUUUAGAGAACCAGAAGUGAUUCUCCAAUCUGUGUUCCAUGGGCAUUCGAAAUGAAGAGAAGGCUGUUGAGAUGAUGUUUUUUCUAUAAUAGCUCUUGCACCUGACAGCAGAAAAGAUUCAGGCCCAGAAAUAGAAAGCACACUUCUUGUUCUUAGGCCCAAGCCGAAGACCAGAUAAAAGUUCUUGCACUUCACUAGCAGAAGUGAUUUUGCAAGAAAGCCCAGAACUGCAACUUUGGUGGACAUUGAUGAACAGAUUUGCACCAGUCCUGAUACUAACAUUGAAACUAACUCUGAGACAUGACUUCUGAUUGUUGCUGAAAAAUCCCAUUCUGCCUCUGGCAUGGUAUGUUGCCAUCAGAAGGGAACAGAAAGGGGUUUCUGCCAACACUGUGAAACUGGAUUAUUUCACUUAAGAGUUUGACUGGAAUGGCAUCUUCCCCUUCUACAUCACCAAGAAAUCCUGGAUCAUUAUCCUGAGCUGCCAAGAGAUAGUUUGCACUGAGUUUUAUCCUGAACGUUGCUUUAAUGUAAUGAUUUCAUGUUCCUAUAUAUACUGUAUAACGUAUUGCUGUGGCUUGCCCAGGAGAUAGCAUACAUAUUCAUGACAUUUAUAUGCUAGCAUCUGGUAUAUAAGUACAUUGAGCAGGCCAAGCGUAUGGACUGCCUGCUGCUAUGCCCACAAUGGUUUGGUUUUGCAUAUCUGUUAAGUGGUGGUGGGCCAGGAGACAGCAUUGCAAUUUGGAUCAGAUCCUGGCCCUGGUUUAUGUAACAGUAAGAAGAGUGUUAUCCCCUUAUUGCCAAGGUUCUACACUUGACCCAUCAAUCUUGAGGACAGGUAAACCUGGUAAAGAAGGGAAACUGGUCCUUCUUCCUUGUACUGGGGCCAUGGGGAUGUGGGGAAUGGGCCUCCCUAAGCCCAAUGAACAGUGGAUAGAAUGAGUGGGUAGGAUACUGUCCUCAUCUCCCGGUGAACACUAUGGAAGUGAUUUCAUCACCUCUCUGUGGGAGCUAGGUAUUCUAGCCCCUGUGUUCCUCUCCAAACUGACUGCUCUCUUCCAGAGUUAUUAGUCAGGAGACCUGUCUUGAGCCACAAUGUCUAUUCAGUCUCCCCCAGCCAAGUGACUGCCAGAGAGGAAUUCCCUACACGUAUGGAGUCAAGACGACACUGUGCUUGUGCACUGCCUCUCCUGUGCUCAGGUGGGAGAAUGCUAUGGUAUAUUAAAUGAUUAGAUCAGUUGGGGGUACAAUAAAUAGAAAAGAGGAAGGAGACAUGAGAAAGCCUUGCUGGUAUCCUGCAGUUAUACAGGUUUUUUUUUGUUUGGUUGGUUGGGUUUUUUUAAACAAAAAACCUAUCUACAAACAUCCAUUGUCUCAUGUAUCCCCCUGAAAUCAGUGGGAGUUUUACCUGCGUCGGGUCUGCAAGAUCAGGCAUUCUCAGUUUGAAUAGUGCCGUCAAAAAGUCCCACAUGCUGGUUUACCUCAAAAGCAGUCCUGGCCUUGUUCCAGCAAUUGCAUCUAUGCGUGAAAAGCACAAGCAGGGCUGAUUCUACGGGAGUCCAUUACUCUUUUGACAACAGCAGUAAAAUAGAUAAAAACACUAUUUAAAUAGCAACAUCUUAGAUUCAAAAGUGCUUCAUUACAGGGAACAUGGACCUGGCCAGAGCGAGACUGGCUUUGGCAAGGCAUCUACGUGCCAAACGAAAAUGGAUAUUUUCUUCCACAAUAUUUUCUUGACAACUAUUGGAAACAUAUGAGGAAAGCUAACAGCAGCAGGGGAUUUCAACUCACUGUCACAUGUAUUACCAGAACUGGUUUUUUGUUGUACAAUGUAUUCAGGACUGCACCUUAUGUCUGAAUGACUCUAAACUUGCAAUUUUUUCCUGGCAGAUGUCGUAUUCAUGCAUAUACUUUUUAAAAAACAUAUUCAGGGCUGACCUACAGUACUCUCACUCUCACGCUGUUCCAAGUGAUGUCCCUAUGAACCCAACCCAACUGUUCAUGGAGUAAGGGCUUACCAAACAUGAGUGAGAGUAUCCCAGUCUAGCCCAUGGUAAAAGAGGGGACGUAAGAGCUAUUGUCAUUUCUGACCAGACUCUUGUUCCCUAGAGGUAAGCCAGGCUAUUCAUUAGGAGUGUCAGUGGAAUGGUGCCUCAAGAUCCCUUUAGGCUCUAUGGUGGGCGUAACUGUGCGUCCAGUGCAAGGGAAUAAGAGGGUACAAGGAAUCCUCUUCUUCAGUGAAUAGGCCACCCACAUUGUCGCCACCUGUGCAUUCUGGAGCAAGGACUGGGCAGAGGUUUGGCUCCACUCACAGCAAUGCAUUUGUAUCAGUGUGGGAAAGCGGGAAUAAAUGAUACAAGACAGAGCUCAUGCAACUUACUUCUCCCCAGGGCAAUCAGGGACUGAUUCAUGAGUGAGUCACAACUCAGUCCCUAUCCUCCUCUGCUGGCAGCAGAGCUCUGUGCCAGCCCUUAACGUGGCCUGGACUGCACGGUGCCUAUGUAGCCCUUGAUAAUGUCAUGAAGUACGAGGCCAGAAUUAACUGCAGUCUUCAAAAUGCCAUUCCGCAGACAGGGCCUGGGUAAAUUAUGCUUCUCUGGUGGAAAUUUCUCAGUUGACUCUUAGUAGAUAAAAGAGAGCCUCUGACACCCCAAUGAAUGGUGUGCCACUUCCAAAGAAGCUCAUCUGAAAAUCAAAAUCGGGAUACCCAAGCCAACUAGCAGAGAUAGUUAAAAUCAGAAGGGAAGUAAAUCCAACCAAGCACCACAAAACAGAUAUCUUUGACCAUUUCCUCUUUUUUCAUCCUUGACAGUCAUUUCACCUUGUUCAUAUUUUGAGUGCUAGCUCGCAAGAGUAUAAAAGUGGGUAGAAGUAACACCAGCAAAGCAUCAAGUGAAGGAGAACCAGUUUUUACAUUUCUGCUCUGAACAAGUGUGGACCAUAUUCUAGCCUGCAAGCUUAGAAAGCAAAAACAGAAAUGAUUAAUUACUCUAAUUAGGGCUCUAAAUGGGGAAAAGCUAGCUCCCUCGAGCAAAAGCACACUGAAUUUCCUCAUUUAUGUGCAAUUGUAGUGCUCAGAGGAAGAAGCCAUCAAAGUGCAUCUCCAAAACAAACAUUUUCCGACUUUAAUUUAAAAACACAUUCAGGCCCUCAAAACUAAAAUAACUAAUGCCGAGAUGCAAGAGGCUAACUAGCCCCUGGCCAACACAGCUCAGCUGAAGCAAGCUUUUUCCCUAUGGAACUCUUACAAAAACCAGUGCAUGGAACAACAAUAAUCUUUAUGUCAGAAGUGUGUAACUGAGUCCUGAGAGAGAGUGAGCUGGCUGAUACCAAUUGCAGAGCAGGGGGACUGAUUCUGACCUCUGUGAUGAGAAUCAGAAAGAAACCAGAAACAGUCUCAUAGUACCAAAGAGAGAGCAGCCUGUGAAAGGAAUGUGUACAUCAUUGACCACUUGCUCUGCCCAAUGGUAAACAGAAAAUCCCAGCAAAGUUUUUUGGUGACAGGAUGGAAAAUGUUAUGCAAAAAACCUUUUAGUUAGAUUCUCAAUUUGCUCCACUCAGUCCAGUCACAGACCAAUGUAGCAAUAUUCUUUCCUUGUACAAGAUUCAUUCCUAUCCCAGUAGCCUAAUAAUGAAUCAUUAUGCUAAUUUUUGCUCAUGUUUUAUAAUGGAUGCAAACUACACAAUAGUCAUAAAUUGGGGAAAUACUGACUCAUCUCUAAAUGACAGCACAAGAAGCGUGGAUGCUUUGAUCAGAGUGAAAUUAACUUACUCCUCAAACAGUUAAUAUUGAAGUUAAUGAGCUACAUGCUUCCCCUUUCUUAAUGAAAAUGAAAAAAUGAAGAUUACUUACCAGGGACUGCAGCAGUUCAAGAUGAGUGUCUGUACAUUCACCCCACUGGGAGAUGCGUUGGUGAUAAGAAUUUUCUUCUGACUUGGCUAGAACGCACUGAGGAACUGUGAAAUCCCCGAGUAUGGAAGAUCCUUCCCUUCCUUUAUUCCCAGGAGAACCACUAAUCUCAUCUGAAGGAAAGGGCAACUGUGCAUAUUCAAACAUUUAAUAAUUUUAUGGUGCACUCUGGAGCGUAAUCCAUAGAGUUUAAGAUCACAAUGAUUUACACAUUCUAAAGAGGCAAGUCACUUGGGAUCCAGCAAAGGUGUUACUUGGUCUUACCAGAACAAGUGAGCAGGAUGCCUGGACAUUCCCAGAAGAUGGUGCCUGGAAUGGGCUGAAGACAUCAAGAACCAGAUGAGGGAAGGAAGCUUCCCAGGUUUCCCUGGAGAUGAUAUCCCACUGCUGGAGGGUUAGCAGACUGCCAGGCUGACAGCAUAGGAAGUAAGGUAGAACCAGGGCCUGUGGGGAGAUAGUGCUACUAUGGUAAGGGUUUCAGGGUUUGGUGGGGCCAGGUCUUAAAGUUUUGGAAAAUUCCAAUCAACUUCCGACUUGCCGAGGUUUAUCCAGCUGAAUCCAAGGGCCUAAACCUUCUUUCAGGCAUCACUAAUCUCACAUAAAAUUAAUAUUGUAAAUUACAGUAAUCCCUAGGAAUUUAGGCCUCACAUUCCCUUCUCUGCUUCUCUCUUGCUCCUGGGGUGUGUAUAUGUGUAGUAAUUUGCUAUUAGUUUAUGCUAAUAUGCUGGGGACAGACUUAAGACUCUGCUUACUCCCCACCUAUAUGCUCUAUUGGGGAGUAGUAAAUGCACAGCACUCAAGUACUGCUGCACAGGGAUAUCGCCAAUGUCACAAUCCAGACCAAUGAGACUUCUUAUGUAGUAAGGGUGGCAGAACCCAGCUCUUAGAUAUUAGGUACCACAAUUGUUCUUUAAAUGGAACAUGAGAUGUGAAGUCCAUUCUGUUAUAGUGCAUUUUCAAAGAAAGCGUAUUAGCUGAACUAAUUUCAGAUCAAGAGGAAAUCAGUGAUUUGUGAAUGUCACAUUAAAAUCAAGUGGUGGGGAAAUGUACAUAAAUAAAAAUAUAAACAUUAUAAACCUCAUCAGAAUCGCAAAGCAGCAUUACACAUGGAGCCAGUUGUCUCAGAGGUUAGUGGUGUGCCAGUCCCUGAGGGCCCCUAAAUAUAAAAAGAUAAAUGCAUUUAGUACCUGCAAUUAGCUUGUCACAGAAGGGCCACAUUUUAUCAUUAUUGCUGUCUGCAGAUGAAAGCUUUUCCAUCAAGAAAGCAUUGGCCAUUUAAGAAAGCCAAUCCUCAUGGGGCAGCCAGGUCAUCCUUUUCCAUUUUCUCAGAAUGACCCUCUUACCGGAGACCAGUAAGAGAUCCAUUUAGAAGCAAAUGGAGUGAGAUUUAGCCUGUGAUCUUCAAACCAGAAUACAAAAUUCAGCUGAUGGAAUAAUUAAAGGAACAUCAAAGAGGGGGAAAGAACCCUGCGGGGUUUGAUUAAUGGGGGUUGCAUGAACUUCACUCGUAAGCUUCCUUUGCAGUCAUCUUCAAUAGGUGAACUCCUGUAAUUUCACCAGGAGACUGAGAUGAACAUCCAGAUGGAACAUUCACACUCCUCAGUCCGCUGCUACUCCCCAUUUCUUCUUGGGAACCAGGGACCUUAGCCCCCCCACCCCACAUUGCUGCAGACGGAGAAAACACCUUCUGUCCGAUGACAGUCACUGCUAGACUGAGACACAGGCAGAUAGCAUCAACAUAGGCCAUCGCAGCUACACGCUAGGAAUUAAGGGGCUUCAUUUCCCUGUUGCAGGGUUGCUAGAGAACUGCUGAGGUUUCUCUGGAUACCAUGAAAGCGAUAACAAGGCCCUACCUACCUCUCCCUAUGUGGAACAGUGGCUGCAGCCAGAGUGGGAAUAUUUCCCCUCUUAUGCUCCUCCGUGAGGGCUCACGCUGCUCUUGCCUCCUGGAGACCCUGAUGGAUUAGAAGGUGAUGGCUCCCACUUAAAUCCCAUCCCAAAGCAACGGGAUCAGGGAGCCUCUGGACUUCCUUUAACACAGGUUAGCUAGGGGUGUGAUGGCACCUCCCAUAAGGCUUUAUGGAAAUAUGCUUAGAAUGUGUUUUAUGCUACAUAUGCCAUGUA